AUGGAUGUGCAGCCUGUCCAGGAAGACGCCGUGGCGAUUCGGCGCCGGUCUGUUCGCGUGUCUCCCCGUCAAACGCUGUCGAGGGUGACAAGGAGACCUUCGUUGCCUUCAAUCGGUUUUCUCGGCCAAAUUUGUCAAAGAAGACGCUUUCACAUAUAG